AUGAGUAGGGGGCGGGCUCCAGCGAUCCUACUCGGCGGAGUGGCCGCUCUGCUUCUGUCUCUUUGGAUGCCGGCGCUGCUGCCUGUGUCUUCUCGCCUUCUAUUACUACCCCGAGCCCUGCUCUCAAUGGCUUCUGGCAGUCCCCCGUCCCAGCCCUCGCCGGCUUCAGGCUCCAGCUACGUCCCUGGCUCGGUCUCAGCAGCCUUUGUCACCUGCCCCAACGAGAAGGUCGCCAAGGAAAUCGCCAGGGCUGUAGUGGAUAAGCGCCUAGCUGCGUGUGUCAAUCUCAUCCCUCAGAUUACAUCCAUCUAUGAGUGGAAAGGCAAGAUUGAGGAAGACAAUGAGGUGCUUAUGAUGAUUAAAACCCAAAGCUCCUUGGUUCCAGCUUUGACAGAUUUUGUUCGUUCUGUGCACCCUUACGAAGUUGCUGAAGUGAUUGCAUUGCCUGUGGAGCAGGGGAAUUCCCCAUAUCUGCGUUGGGUGCGCCAGGCCACAGAGUUUGUUUCUGACUCUAGCACAGUGCCGCCGUCAUGA